GCGGGACGACAAGCUCCAAACGACAGCACAGCACGACAGUACGCAUCGAGAUCACCGUAACAAUGACAGAUGCAGGGCUUGUGCAAGAUACCUUCGCCCUCAAAAGAACCUCAGGAAGCAAAGGACCUACUAGCGACCAUUCGCAACGUCGCGCUUCUCGACGACAACUUAGAAACAACCGGCAAAACUAUAGCACGGGAAGAAAAGGAGGGGCGUCUGAUAGGUCUAUACUUUUCAGCUGCGUGGUGUCCCCCGUGUCGACAGUUCUCUCCUCGCUUGUCGGCUUUCGCUGCUGACAAUCGAAAGGACUUUCCUGUCGUUUACUGUCCACUCGAUCGCUCUGUGGAGCAGCAAAACAUGAACCUCGCGGACAAAGGGUUUCUCUCGUUACCCUUUGAAUUGCAGUCGACUGUUCAAAACAUCAUGCAACAAGUAGGAGUCAUGGGUAUCCCUUGCUUGGUUGUCGUAAAAGAUGGCGUGCAGGUCACAGAUUCGGGUCGGAGUGCGGUGGCGAAAAAUCCAGAUGGGGCAGUGGCGGCGUGGAAGCAGGGCAAAGCAGGGGAGGGGUUACAUGGGCACAACUUUUGCGAUUCUGGUGAUAUCCGCCGCCGAAGGAUUGAUCUGAAGUCGGAUCCUCGACGUCGGACGAGUACACUUUCGUCGAUCAAGUAAUCUGUUCAAUGGGCCGAUUGACAUGCCCAAAUGUCAAUGGGGGCAUUUUGCAAGCGGUUUUUGGCGUACAUCACCAUGUCUUGUGCGUUGUGCAUAUCCGUUCAUUAGCACGUUUCGGAGACAUCUUACCUAUUCUAAAACAUACAAUUGGCCUUCAAUCUGCUGUUAUUCCCACCGUGACGGCCAAAGUUGUGGAGAGCAAGCCUGCCAUGUCUCUCAGGCUUGCGUAUAAACGAUAAAAUGAUAGGAUUAUGGGUUCCAUCAAAGCUCAGGCUCGAACCUCCCGGUGAUACCGACACCAUCUAUUAUUGCCUCC